CAAGGAGAGUGAAAUCUAUUCAAUCAAAUCAGCAAGCCGAUUCCUUUUGUCGUUUGUAAUUAUGCAAGUCUGGUGGGGUUCAUUGGUUUUUUUACUGUUUACCGUUUCUUUAAUGAUUUUUCAAAAUUUGAUGUGAACGGUGAAGGUGAUGGGCGUUUGUUGUUUGCACACACACAUACAAGGAGUGGUAGAGUAGGCCAGCGCUCCGGCCGCUUCUGUGACAGCCACCAUGGCCAUGGAGCCACUCUCCCCUUCCGCCUCUCCUCCUCCUCCUCUCCAAGAUUCUACCACCACCGCCGCCGCCACCGCCACCACCUAUGAUGAGUUAUCUAUGCACAAAAGUUUGAUGUUCCUCGAUAGCGUCCAAGAUUUGAAGAAACUGAGGGCGCAAUUGUACUCUGCUGCUGAGUACUUUGAAUACUCCUAUGCAAAUGAUGAAAAGAAAGAGCUAGUGGUGGAUACCUUGAAGGAUUACACGGCAAAGGCAGUUGUCAAUACAGUUGACCAUCUGGGUUCCAUGUCCUAUAAAGUUGAUUCUCUUCUUAGUGAGAAUAUGAAGCACCUUUCUCUGGCAGAGCUGCGGAUCACUUGCAUACAACAAAGACUUGAGAUGUGCCAACAGUUUACUGAUCUGGAGGGCCUUGUUCAGCAGCAAAUCAGCAUUAAGUACCCUGUGCAUCACAAGCAUUAUGUGUUACCAAAAAAUAUGUUGCAUGCAUAUGAAAAAGCCACUGAAGUUUCUCAAGCUUUCCCUCCGGUCAAGAAGAGCAAUGAUGUCCGUCCUAGUCGAGCUGGAGUCUAUCCUACAGUACGAUCUUCAUCAGCAAUAAAAGCGCGCCCUUCCUCACCUACUCUGAGAACUGGAGCUUUUGGCAUUGCAGAAAGGAGGACAAGCACUUCAUUCGAUAAAGCACAUUCACUUGUUCGGUCUGCCUCUCAGAAAGCAAAUGGUGCUACCAGUAUCUCAUCCAACCCAGUGAAGCGGUGGCCUUCGAGGUCUCAAAGAUCAGCAUCAAUGAAUUUGAAUGCUGAUAUAGAUUCCAAGAUUGAAGGUGAACAACAGCUCAAGAAAAGUAGAAGCCUUCUAAAGGCCUUACUAAGCAUCCGAAGAUCGAGUGUACACUCUUGAAGAAUUGCACUGUGAUCAGAUUAUUAUGUAUGGUUCACAAGAACCAAUUGUAUAUUCAUCACCUUUCAUUAGAUGUUUUUUCUUCUUAUAGUGGUUUAUGUAAUUCAUUGUUUGUCAGUACGUGUAUAUUAAAUAUGAGACAUCCCCAUCUGCAAUCUAAGUGAGAAUUCAAAAUUUUCUUA